AUGACAGGCUUCAACACCUCCCUCGAAGCCCCCAACCCCGCCAACCCCCUCGGAAACCCCUCUGUCGGAUUGGAAGCCCAAUUCGACCGACCCUACGGUUCGAACCAAUACCCUGUGAUAGGGAUACCAACACCCUCCUACCCGGGCUGGACCUCGUGCAACGGCCCCAACUGGGUUGACUACCUGACCGUGAAGCACAACGCAUCCCUCCUGUACACCUACAACCUCGCCUACGGCGGCGCUACUGUCGACGCCGACCUCGUCAAGCCCUACGCCGACACAGUGCUCACCCUCAAGGACCAGGUCCAGACGCUCUUCAGCAACGCCUACGCCGCAAAGACGGCCUCCGCCUGGACCGGCGCGGACUCUGUGUUUGCCUUUUGGAUCGGCGUGAACGAUAUCGGCAACUCGUACUGGAACGGCGCCGACGCUACGUCUGCGCUCAACACGAAGAUCGUCUACGUCUAUCAGGGCCUGGCCAAGGAGCUGUACGAGGCGGGCGCGAGGAACUUUGUGUGGUUGACGACGCCGCCUGUCGACCGGACGCCGAUGCUCCUUGCUGAGAACGCGGACGCGCAGAAGCUUUGCAAGGAUGACGUCGCUGAUUUCAACGGCAGGGUCAACGCCAUGGCUAAGAAUGUAACGACGUGGGAGGGUGCGAACUCGUGGGUUGUUGACGCCAACGGGGUGUUCAACAGUGUGCUUGACAACGUUGCCAAGUUCGAUUCUACCAAGGGGUACAAGAACACCACUGGCUACUGUGACGCGUACAAGGACGGUACAACUGCUCAGGAUACCCUUAUUGACAGCUGCACCUACCCGGUCAACGAGUACUUCUGGCUCAACACGCUGCAUCCUACUUACCCCAUCCACGAUGCAGUUGCCGAGACCGUUGCUUCGGCCCUGGAGGCCGGGCCUAACGUGUGCUAG